CACACCCACAGCGACGACGUAGCCUGAAAUGCAAACCUAAAUCGGGCGCACGUCGAAUUGGUGAAGUGUGCGUUUCAGGAAGAAUCGGACACCAGGCUAAACUUGACAGAACCAAAGUAUGAGUUAUCCAGGAUAUCCUCCACAGCCUGGUUCCUACCCUCCCCAGCCUGGAGCCUACCCUCCUCAGCCAGGUGCUUACCCCCCCCAGCCUGGCUCCUAUCCACCCCCAGCAGGGGGUUACCCUCCUCAGGCAGGAGGUUACCCACCUCAAGCAGGUGGAUACCCUCCCCAACCUGGUGCCUACCCACCUCAGUCUGGCACGUACCCUCCAAUGCCUCCUUCAGGCGGGUGGGGUGGGGCUCCCGGUAUGCCCUCCAUUGGUCUUGAUAAUCUGUCCAAUCCUGGUUUUAAUGCAAGUAACCUCCCUGGAAUGGCAAACCAGAUCUCAGCAUCCUUGGGUGGGGUUACACCAAACCCUGCCAUGUUCUCACAAAUACCCACUACCUACCCUUCUCCCCAACCUGGGGGGUAUGGUGCCCCUUCCCCUAACCAGCAACCCUAUGGCCUAUACCCUCAGCCGUCUGGACCUGGAAUGGGCUACCCAGGUGGUCCAGCCCCGGGACAACCAAUGCCUGGCUACGCAAGUGGACCAGCGCCUGGCCAACCCAUGCCAGGUUACCCCAAAGCUCCAUCACCCAAUCCGUCCAUGCCCAGCUACCCAAAAGCGCCCUCUCCUAAUCCUUCCAUGCCAGGGUAUGGAGGAGGUGCCCCUGUGGUUCCACCUAUCAAUAGGGGAUUCAGAGGGACUAUACAGGACUAUCCUGGAGCUGACCCACUGAAAGAUGUGGAGGUUUUGAGGAAAGCAAUGAAGGGCUUUGGCACUGAUGAGAAGGCUAUCAUUGAGCUGCUGGGUAGUCGCUCCAACAAGCAGCGUGUGCCUCUCCUUGUGGCCUUCAAGACUUCAUAUGGAAAGGAUUUGAUUAAGGAUUUGAAGUCAGAGCUUUCUGGGAACUUUGAGAAGCUUGUUCUGGCCAUGCUGAAGACUCCAGCCCAGUUUGAUGCAUACGAGAUCAAAGAUGCUAUCAAGGGUGCAGGGACAGAUGAAGCCUGUCUAAUCGAGAUCCUGGCCUCUCGCUCCAACGCAGAAAUCAAAGAAAUCAAUCAAAUCUACAAAACUGAGUAUAAGAAGACUUUGGAGGAGGCCAUCAGUGGGGAUACCUCAGGGCAUUUCCGCAGACUGCUGGUCUCUCUUGCUCAGGGUAGUCGUGAUGAAAGAGAGAAUGUGGACAUCUCUUUGGCCAAACAAGAUGCUCAGGCCCUGUACGCAGCUGGAGAAAAUAAACUGGGAACCGACGAGUCCAAAUUCAAUGCCAUCCUGUGUGCUCGGAGCAAACCUCACCUCAGAGCAGUGUUCCAUGAGUACCAGCAGAUGUGUGGCAGGGACAUUGAGAAGAGCAUCAGCAGAGAGAUGUCUGGUGACCUGGAGAGUGGCAUGCUGGCAGUGGUGAAGUGCAUAAAGAAUACUCCUGCCUUCUUUGCUGAGAGGCUCCACAAAGCCAUGAAGGGUCUAGGGACAAAGGACCGAACCCUUAUCCGGAUCAUGGUGAGUCGCUCAGAGGUGGACAUGCUGGACAUACGGCAGGAGUAUGUGAGGAACUAUGGGAAAUCUCUAUACACAGCAAUUUCUGAGGACACCUCAGGGGACUAUAAGAAGCUGUUGUUGAAGCUGUGUGGGGGGAGUGAUUAAGCAACUGGACACUUUUCAUCAGACCAGUGCUUGUGAUGCCAUACGUCUCUCUCACAGUGCAGAUGUGCCUGCUUUACAGAAUGUAUUUUCUCUCAGAAGUGCAUGCCUUUGCCUUAAUUUACUUCACUGCAUCUUUUCGCAGAUAUUAUGUAUGCAACAUUUCGUUUGAAAAACAUUACGCUAUUUUUAUAUGCAAUUUUUAUUUUAAUGAAAGCAAAUGUAUUUUGUCUAGAAGUGUGUUUUUUACAUUUUUGCCUUCAAGAGCUAAAACAUGGAAUAUUCGAUCCCUGAUACGUAUUCAUGUUUUAUAAACACACAGAUAUAUAUUGUAUUUACAUUUAUUUGUGCCAAGUAUUUUGCACAUCUAGUUUUUGUUACCAUAGCACAAAAAAUAUCUUUUAGCUGAAUACCAAACAUACAUUAUUCAUUUCUGUUUUAGUCACAGACAAGGUGUUGCCCUGUUCUGUCUGUGGUAAUGCUUUGUGGUGAUAAAGUAGUGUGGUGUAGUAUGUGUCAUAUAUUCUCCUGGUAGAAUCAGAUGUUUCUUUGUGAUAGAUUGGUAAGAGUUUAGACUCACAUUGUCAGCUUUGUUCUUUUACCUUGCUCAUUACUUUUUCUGUGACGGUCAUUAUUUUCAUCUACUCUCAAAGUGGAAAAAAAAAAAUCUGGAAAUACAUUCAUUUAUUCGCAUGGCAA